AUGGAGUGUGAAAUUGUUUCGUUAAAGUGUAUCUGUUGUUGUUAUAUUGGGUACUUCUCUGCCCUGUCCAAAGGAGACAUUCUACCAACCAAGGAGAGGCUGGAGAGGCCUGUCGCCACACAGAAGACAGAUACCGGACUAACUCCAGGCCUGCUCAAGGUCCUAAACAAACAGAUACUCAGUAACCCACAGAAUGACACCAGGCCUCCUCUCUCCUAUUUGCCUAUUCCCAAGGAGACGAUCAGUAUGGAGGAGCUGCAGCAGAAGUGGAAGGGUCUGUGUCAGCCCUCAGAGCAGCUGGACACUGCUGGCCCUGGGGAACUUAUUUGCCAACAUCCACUGGAUGCAGUUAUUCGCUCUAUCAUCAAUGCCUUGAGGUAUGCGUGUGAAAUCCUGGCGGAGAAUGAAGGGGGUGGAGCGGCGACGAUGCCCUUUGAUCUGUUCGCAGGGCUGUACACCUACCUGGCCCACCUGGGCUGAGAGAUCCCCAGGACCAGAUAGACAGCUUCCUAAGCAGCCUGCAGGAGCCUGUCUGAGUACACUACCCUAUACACACUUUCUCUAUCACUCUGUAGCUGUCUGUCAGUCUCUCUCACUAUCUAUCCCCCUCUGUCUCUACCUCUAUCUAUCCUGUUGUUCAUUAGCCGUAUAGGCCUAGUACAGUAA